AUGUCCACACUGUAUACACGGAUCGCAGAUCUGGAUCGCGUGUCGGCUUCGAGUGACUCUGACCAGGUUUCCGUGGCCAGAGCAAGACUAGACGCGGAGAUGGAUGACCUCCGUCACGUCAUGCGCGAACUCGCAACCCGCCGCAACAAUUUGUCUCCCAUGUCCCGCCUUCCAGCUGAGCUUCUUUCCAAAAUAUUCGAUUUUCUUGUCUUGGAUGCCUCUGUUCACUAUUUCGCUAAGAAUUGCGUCAAGAGUUUCGACUGGAUCCAGGUUACGCACGUUUGCCGCCAUUGGAGACAGGUUGCUUUGAACCAUACCUCCUUUUGGGGCAACAUCAUCAGUACCAUCCCCUCCUGGACACCUGAAUUCAUCGCUCGCUCAAAACAAACACCUAUCCGCAUCAUACACCGCUCGGAUGACACCCGCUGGAGAUCAAGGCAAAUUGACUCCCUGAUAUUGGCAUUGUCUCAUGCUCACCGUGCUAAAGAAAUAUAUCUCGCCGGAAAGGCUUCUCUUCUUCCGAGAUUGAUAUCAAACCUCUCUCGUCCUGCCCCGCUUCUAGAAUCGUUUGAAGCCGUCGCCAGUCCAGAUUUCACUGGUCUCACUGAUAUGUUAAGAAUCACUCGCGCUGCGGAAAUUGUCUAUUUUCCUCCCAGUCUCUUUGCUGGCGAGGCGCCUCUAUUGAGGCGUCUCCACCUGAACCGUUGCGGGCUUGAUUGGGAUUCACCUCUCUAUAACAAUCUAGUCAAUCUCGCUGUGGAGAUGCCAAUAUCAAAUAGCUACAUGGAAAUCCCGCCCAGUCGUGCUCAAAUCCUUGCGAGCUUACAGAGGAUGCCCAAUAUCGAGUCGUUGGAAUUGAAGUCCGCCAUUCCUAAAGCACGCGACGAUUCUGCAUCCGACCCCCUCGUCAAACUACCCUCCCUUCGUCGGCUCACCGUAUCCAGUAUCUCAUCCUCAUGUACUUGGUUGUUACAGCAUAUUGCGAUACCGCCCACAGCCCACAUCGAGGUAUCUUGCCAGUGUUACAGCCGGAGCAAUGAAGACUUCGCCAUGCCACUGCCUUAUAUUGCUCCGUUUACCGGUGGGCCAGAGCCCUUGCGAUCCUUGUGGAUUGACAUCUACAAUCUCGAUACCAUCGAUGUGAAAGGUUGGCCAUCACUAUUCAAUGACCCGAGAGAGAUGAACGACACCGAUAUCGAGCCAUCCACCAACCUCUCAUUCACCUGGCACCAGUGCGACGUCGACACAUACGAGAGGAUGCUCCGGAUCGUGGUCGAAGCUCUUCACACUGCUGAUAUACGCAUGCUGUAUCUUCGCAUCACGACCCGCUCUGGUAUCAACGUGGCCAAUCCGCAGGAAUGGUUGUCCCUAUUUUCAGUCUUUCCGUCUGUGCAGUCUCUCUGCUUGGAGCGCAAUGCUGCCUUUCCUUUCGCUCGUGCGAUGGCUAUGGACGCACUUGGAAAACAUGAUCCUCAUAGCCUCCACGAAAGCGAGAAAGAGAUGCUGCUCAUGCCAGACCUGCGAAACUUCACCUUAUACUCCGUCGACUUCUUCCGCCACGUCCUUCCCGAGGGUGAAUAUCCCCGUGCUAUGUUGUUUCCUAGCUUGGCCGCAAGAAUCAAACGAAACGACCGUCUUAGGCGCAUCCACGUCGUCCGAUCCGCUCUUCACCCUGAAUGGGUUGAGUCUCUCAAAACCCUAGUUCCCGUUGUCAUCUGGGACGGAGUGGUGGAUGCUGGUGUUGAAGACGGUGAUGAGGAAGAUGGUUGGACUGAUCGCGAUGAUUUUGAUAUACAUGACGACACCUAUGCCUAUCUGCGCGACCUGGCGGAUGAUACACUCAGCGCCUAAACAGACAGCGGAGCCUGGUGCCGGAUUGCGAAGAGGCAAAAGCUGGCUUCCUGUGAUGUUGGAAAAUCUGGUAUUUGCCGCAGCCACCUGUGUGUGGUCUCUGUGACUCCCAGUCGCCUCAAACACCCUUUGACAAAUCCUAUGUAUACUUGUACCUCCUCGGAGGUCAGUGCUUCCCAACUGUUGGCAGGAGAAUCAAUGCUCAUCACCACAUUCUACUAUGCACGUACCCAUCGGACUCUAUACCAUGCUCAUCUAUUUAUCACCACAUUUGUACACUACCAGGAUUCCUCUGUAGGACUCUGUUACUACCACUAUAUACACAUUCCUUAGU